AUGCCCCAGCCAAUAAUCCAGCCCCAGGACCAGCACAUGAACCAGCCCCAGGACCAGCCCCAGGACCAGCCCAUGAACCAUUCCCAGGACCAGCCCAUGAUGCAGCCCCAGCCCAUGAACCAGCCCCAGCCCAUGAACCAGCCCCAGCCCAUGAACCAGCCUCAGGACCAGCCCAUGAACCAUUCCCAGGACCAGCCCAUGAUGCAGCCCCAGCCCAUGAACCAUUCCCAGGACCAGCCCAUGAACCAUUCCCAGGACCAGCCCAUGAACCAGCCCCAGCUCCUGUGCCACCGGUUGAUCCUCGAGAACCAGGGCUGUGCACUAUGUGCAUAG